CAGUUGCGACAGUGUUUUGUACAGUUGUCUGGAUAUGUGCUCCUGGUCCCGAUAAAGUAUUCGUGAUGGAAAUUUUGCUAUUUUCUGUUCUUCUAGUUUUAGGAAGCCACCAGCUCGUGGAGUCCAUCAGUCGGGAUGAACUUUACCCUUAUGGAGACCAGGAUGACUUUCUACCACAAUCGGACGAUGUCAGCUCACUAGAAGUCCAGAUCACAGUUCCCAUCGUAUUUUACGAAAUUGUUUACAGAAGUAUAUUUGUCAACGACAACGGCAUAUUGUCUUUUCUGACCGAAGUUCCAAGUUUUUACAAUGGGCAACUACCUCGAUCCUACCCCAUCAUUGCUCCACUAUAUACAGACGUAGACAUUCGUGGUACUGGACGUAUUUACUACAG